AUGACAGAGAUCUCACGCUCCAAGGAUGGAGUGCCUAUCUGGAAUGGAGAGGCUUCUUCCUUCCAGGAAUUCGAAGAGACGGCGAUGAUAUGGGAACAGUCUAUAGCGAUGAACAAGAGGUAUCUGUGUGGCCCCAAGCUCCUGGCGGAACUCACAGGUGCGGCAAAGCGCCUGGUGGCUGGGAAGCGACACGAUUGGGUGUCACAUCAAGGAGGAGUUCAGGAACUGAUGCGGCACCUCCGUGCGUGCUUGGGGAAACCAUUGGUUUCUGAUCUGACGGAACACUUGAACAGAUACUUCAAGAACUCCCGGCGACGUCCCAACGAGAGCAUGAAUGAUUAUAUCACCCGCAAAUGCGAGGUGUACCUUCGGGCCUGCCAGGCCCUGCAGCGCGUCACUCCCCACCAUGGAGGAAAGACGUCAGCUGCGCCGACGAGUCACGGCACGGGGGGAUCGAGACGAUCCAGCUGGGACUCCAUGGCUACAGCUAACGGCGCAGAGGCAGCGACGGAGGUCCAGGCAGCGGCCCCGACCAACGAAGCCCAGGAUGAUGAAGAUGAUCCCGACCAAGACGGCGACGACCCGUGGUCGCAGUGGCGACCGGAGCAAUCCUGGUGGGGGAACAAUCAAUGGUGGGGAUCCUACUACGGCAGCUACAACAACUACUGGUCUACGUCCUGCGAGUGGUCGCCACCAGCGUGGCAUACCAGCUCCUAUGACAGUCGGCCACCCGUGCCGGAGCUCAUCCCGGACUUCGUGCAAGGAUGGUAUCUUCUGCAGGACUCAGGACUUGACCAAGGAGAACGCAAUGUGAUUUUGGCUGCUUUGGGAGGAGAUUUUGGGCUGCAGAAGGUUGCGCAGGAACUGCGCAACCAGUGGGCGGGCCAGGAUGGCCAAAGACGUCGAGAUGCCGGAGGCCGCCAGAGCGGCUUCUGGGGCGAAGCUCCCGGGGACGAGGACGAGACGGAGACCUACGAGGAUGUGGAGUUCGAUCCUGAACAGGAACUCAACGAUGAAGAGCAUGCGAUGUGGGCUGGGGCGGAGGACGAAGCUCAAUCCGCCCUGGCAGCCAUGGACCAGGCAAAGCGAACUCUACGAGCAGCGAGGGCCAGGCAACACAAUGUCCGAUUGUCCAGGCAGUACUAUCGGCCCCAAGGACGUGGCAAUCCAGGCGGAGGUCGAGGCCGAGGCUUGGGACCCCGCGACGAUUCACAGCUUACCUGCUUGAGAUGCGGGAAGCUCGGCCACCGUGUGGCCAACUGCCCACAACCGGCACAAAGCGCCAAGGUCACGGAGUCAGUUGAUGCAACAUCCUCGUUCAUAUGCUACAGCGACCUGGAACGUGAGGAAGCCUACGCCACCGGCCUCUCAACCACAGAGGCAGUGCGAAAAGGGAUGGCAGUGAUUGAUGGAGGGAAGAAGCACGGCCACAACGGGGUGUCGGCCGUGGAUCUUCAAGAUCGCCCCAUAUUUGGCUUCGGAAACGGGUCCGAGAACCAGUGUGCUUCCACGGUGCACCUCAAGAUUGCCGCCAACGACUCCCCGGGCAACCUGAAGGUGCACUGCCUGGACCACGGAAGCGUGCCUCUUCUACUGAGUGUGGAAUCACUACGUAAACUAGGAGCCAUUGUGGAUUUUGCUGAGGACAUGAUCUGUUUUAGAAACUUAGAUGCACAAAAGAUUGUGCAAGUGGAGCGUUCCACGACGGGACACCAGUUGAUUUCUAUGACGGAAGAUUUGAUGACGCGAGCUCGGGUUGCGAAGGCAGCCGUACCGAGCUUGCGUGAGUACCUAGUCGCCGACGGCUAG